AUGGCUGUGGAUGGCCUGGACUGUCUUCAAACCCCAUGUUGGUCUUUGGUAUUUCAGCCUGAGAGGAAGUUUGGUGUGGUAGUGGUUGGUGUUGGCAGAGCUGGCUCCGUGAGGAUCAGGGACUUGCGGGAUCCACACUCCUCAGCAUUCCUGAGCCUGAUUGGGUUUGUGUCCAGACGAGAACUCGGGAGCCUUGACGGCGUAAGGCAGAUUUCUUUGGAAGACGCUCUCUGCAGUCAAGAGAUUGAUGUUGCCUACAUUUGCAGUGAGAGUUCCAGCCAUGAAGACUAUAUAAGGCAAUUUCUUCAGGCUGGCAAGCAUGUCCUUGUGGAAUACCCCAUGACGUUGUCGUUGGCAGCGGCCCAGGACCUGUGGGAACUGGCUGCACAAAAAGGGAAAGUCCUGCAUGAGGAGCAUGUGGAACUCCUGAUGGAAGAAUUUGCAUUCCUGAAAAAAGAAGUGAUGGGGAAAGAGCUGCUGCAAGGGUGCCUCCACUUCACAGCUAGCCCACUGGAAGAAGAGAAAUUUGGCUUCCCUGCAUUCAGUGGCAUUUCUCGCCUGACCUGGCUGGUCUGCCUCUUUGGGGAGCUUUCUCUUAUUUCUGCCACGUUAGAAGAACAAAAAGAAGAUCAGUAUCUGAAAAUGACGGUGCAGCUCCAGACUCAGAACAAGGGACUGUUGUCAUGGAUUGAAGAGAAAGGGCCCGACUUAAAAAGAAACAGAUACUUAAGCUUCCAAUUCAAAUCUGGGACCCUGGAGAAUGUGCCAAAUGCAGGAGUCAAUAAGAAAAUUUUUCUGAAGGAUCAGGACAUAUUUGUCCAGAAGCUCUUGGGCCAGGUCUCUGCGGAGGACCUGGCUGCUGAGAAGCAGCGCAUCAUCCACUGUUUGGGACUGGCUGACAGCAUCCAGAAGCUCUGCCACCCCAGCAUCAGGGGGAAGCUUCAGUACCCCUGAAAAUGGGCCAGGGUUUUAUCAACAGUUCACUGUUAGCUCUUAGAAUUAAAUAUGUUGGAUAA